UGACACAAGCAAGUAUGAGGUAUGCUAAAGCUAAUAAUGAAAAGACCCUAGAUUAUGAUCCAACAAAGUCCAAAUCAUGGUUAAUUUAUCAAGAUUGUAAUAAUCUGUACGGUUGGGCAAUGUCACAACACAUGCCCUAUGGUGGUUUUAAGUGGGUUGAACCUAAACUAGAAGGGCUGAAUGAUUUGAACGAUACAUCACCCAUCGGACGGAUAUAUGAAGUUGACAUUACUUAUCCGAAAGAACUCCAUGAUAAACACAACAACUUACCUUUCCUUCCUCAAAACGGUAUCCCAACUGGUUCAAAAGUUAAAAAACUCAUGGCAACACUUCAGUCGAAAAAAAACUAUAUUAUUCAUUACCGAAACCUUCAGCAAGCUAUAGCCAAUGGACUCAUAGUUGAAAAAGUUCAUAGAGUAGUUCAGUUUAAUCAAUCACCAUGGCUGGCUCCAUACAUAGCACUAAACACAGAGAUGCGAAAAAAAGCAGCAAAUGACUUUGAGAAAGACUUUUUCAAACUUUUAAAUAAUGCGGUUUUUGGGAAAACCAUGGAGUCUAUGCGGAAAAGAAUAAAAAUGGAACUGGUGUCUAGUGAUCGUCGUUUACAAAAACUGAUAAAUCAGUCAACAUUCAAACACUGUACCACAUACAAUGAAACUCUAAAUGCAGUUGCAUUAGAAAACAAAAUCAUUGAUUUUUGUAAACCUAUUUAUAUAGGUUUUGCAGUGCUGGAAAUUUCCAAGUAUUUAAUGUAUGACUAUCACUAUAACGUAAUGCAGAAACAUUAUGAUGAUAAAAUUGAGCUCAUGUAUACAGAUACAGAUUCAUUGGUAUACUAUAUUCAAACUGAUGAUUUUUACAAUGAUCUGUUGAACAAUCCCAACUUGUUGAAUCGAAUGGACACUGCAAAUCUACCCCGUGACCACCCGUGUUACAUUGCUGAGAGAAAGAAGAUUCCUGGGCUAUUUUCUGAUGACACCGAUGGACGUAUUAUGAGAGAGUUUUGUGCUCUCCGUGCAAAAUCCUACGCUUACAUUUUAGAAGAUAAGGAGAAAAUCAAAGCAAAAGGAAUCCGUGGACAUGUUGUUAGAAACCAUAUGACAUUUCAAGAUCAUAAACGGUGUUUGUUUGGUGAUACCAGUUUGGAAGUAACAACGUCAAACGUCUCUAUCCGUUCAUUCAAGCACAAAUUAAAGACCAUCAAAUCCGAUAAAUUAACUUAUAACAGUUUUGAUGAUAAAAGGGUUAUACUUGAAGACAAAGUACACACCCUAGCUCAUGGACACUAUUCUAUAGAGGAGGAACUCGAAGCAGAACUAGAUAGUUAGUUAUAUAUUUGUAA